UCAUUUUUUUUUCACAUGAGAAAGAUAGGAUUUCCUUUCUCAUAGCUGAGUCACACCCUGGGUGUGUUUACUAACUGCUUUUCAUGUUUGCUUCACUAUGUGAAUGUGCUGAAUUGCAGAAUAAUGCAUUCAGAUGGAAAAGUCUAGUUCCUCAGACCAGCCUUGUGAGGCAGCCCUGGCUUCAGUGCAUUCAAGAGUCAGGAGGGCGAAGAUCAGACCGCUGAAGUCUCUGCACAGGCACCAACAUCCCUCAGACUCCAAGAGAUCUUGUGACUGAGGAUGCAGGACCUUCUCCUGCUGAGUGCAAGAUAAAGAUCCCCUUUCCUGGCUCCCUCUGGAGUGGAUCCUCAUCUGGGAUGACUGUGCUUCAUCUGGGGAUCCUGAAUGUUCAGGGCCAGUUUCCAGAUGGAAAAUUAAAGCAGCCUCGUUGGCCAUGAUAGUUCUAAAGCUGAUUUCACCCCAGGCAACAAAUGGGUAGAGGCUCAAGAUGAUGAAGACCAAGGUUGAAGUUGAGGGUUUGGUGUCAGAGGAGAUGGUGACAUUCAAGGAUGUGGCCGUGGUCUUCAGCGAGGAGGAGCUGGAGCUUCUGGACGCUGCCCAGAAGAAGCUGUACUGUGAUGUGAUGUUGGAGAACUUCAGGAAUGUGGUAUCCCUGGGGCAUCAGAUCGUGACUCCAGAUGUUUCACUCCAGCUCAAGAGAGAAAACAUGCUUUGGAUGUUGACGAUGGUCAGUUGGAGCUGUGAGUCUGCAGGAUCCAGGAAUCUAAAUGAGAAGGAGUCCCUUCAGGAGGCAGGAUGGAGGCACCUGCCCCAGGAGGAGCUUUUCUGCUCAUGCAUCUGGCAACAAGUUACCAGGGAGUUAACCCAGGGUGGAGACUGCAGGGGGAAGGAUGGAGGAACCGGCUCUGCGUUGGGGAAACAGGACGCUGUGCAGAGCGAAGGAGCGGAGCUCAGUAAACUUUCCAGGAGGAAUUCAUUUCUUCAAGUUCACCAUGGAGAAUGCCGCGAAGAAGAGGCAUGUGAGGAAGAUGCUGGUUGCAGCUGUCAUCUUCCUGCCGUUCCAGGAGAGAAGCCCUCCAAGUGUGGAACUGGGACAACACCUUCCGUCGGGUCUCCAGUCUUCAGUCCCAUCAGAGUCCACAGAGACACAGAUCGACCCAGUCUGACACACUGUUUAAAAAUCUCAGUCAAAGGCCACUAUUUCAGUAUCAUCAGAGCGUCCCCACUGAAGAAAACUCAAACGAAUAUGAGGAGUGUGGGAAUCUUGGGAAAGACUCACAUGGUCAGACACCCCUGUUAG